UCUUCUACUUCAAUUGAUUGCUAAUUGCUCUCUCUCUCUCUCUCUUUUCAUUUUUUCAUAACUAUAUAUAAAUAAUCGCAGUUGUCGUUGUAGCUGUAUGUCCUCAAUUAUUACCACUGCAUGCACAUGCUUAUCGCAAUUGAGUUGUUCAGAGGAUAAUAUAUAUAUACACACACACAUAAAAGAGAACAGUAAACCGAUUUCUUCUUCGUGAUUGCUGCUCCUGCUGGUGGUUUCGCUGCUUGGAGGGUUAUAGCCAAUAUUACCAUUGGUUAUAGCCAAUAUUACCAUUGAUGACGUCGUUGCAUUAGGAGUUAUUGGCCAUAUUUAAUUUGGACAAACCUCUCCUGCAGCCCUUGGAAAGAAAAAUGGCUACUGACCUUGUCAACGCUGCAACAAGUGAGAAACUCUCUGAGAUGGAUUGGAUGAAAAACAUUGAAAUUUGCGAGUUAGUUGCAUGUGACCACAGAAAAGCUAGAGAUGUAAUCAAAGCUGUUAAGAAACGCUUGGGAAGCAAAAAUGACAACACCCAACUACUAGCUGUAAUGUUGCUGGAGAUGCUGAUGAACAAUAUUGGAGAACCAGUCCAUAAGCAGGUUAUAGAUGCAGGAGUCCUUCCUGUACUUGUAAAGAUAGUAAAGAAAAAGUCGGAUCUGCCAGCACGAGAGAAAAUAUUUCUUUUGUUAGAUGCUGCGCAGACAUCUGUUGGUGGUGCUUCUGGGAGAUUUCCUCAGUAUUAUUCUGCAUACUAUGAAUUGGUGAGCGCAGGAGUGCAGUUUCCUCAGAGGCCUAAUGUUCAAAAAAGUGAACCUGCAACUUGUGCAAAUAACAACAAUACACCUGACAUAGUACAUGCUGCUGCUCCAUUAGAAAAGAAUGUAGCAAAGGAUGAGCCUCAAAAGAUAUCUGAUUCUAGUAUUCUUCAGAAGGCUGGAGCUGCACUGGAGGUUUUAAGAGAAGUACUUGAUGCUGUUGAUACUAGACAUCCUGAGGGAGCAAAGGAUGAGUUCACUCUUGAUCUUGUGGAACAAUGUUCUUUUCAGAAACAACGUGUCAUGCAUCUAGCCAUGACUUCUCGGGAUGAUAAAGUGGUUUCUCAAUCAAUUGAGCUGAAUGACCAGCUUGACAGAGUUCUCAAAAGGCAUGAUGCACUUAUCUCUGGAAGGCCAACAUCCACAUCAAUUCAUGUUUACCAUGAAGAAACAGAGGAAGAAGAGGAGGCUGAACAGCUUUUCCGCAGGAUUAGAAAAGGAAAAGCCUCUCUUCAGCAUGAAGAUGAAGGCCCUCAAAUUGAUAGGUCACUCUGUCAGCUUGGAUCUUCAGCACGAGCAGAAAUACUUAAUCGCCCGCUUAUACGGCCACUGACUCUGGGACCAAAGCAAGAUUCUAAUGGAAGCAGACCGGCAGUUGCAAUUCCACCACCUCCCGCAAAACAUAUCGAGAGGGAGAAAUUUUUUCAGGAUAACAAGGUGGAUGGUACUGCUCUUGCUAGUCAUGUUAGGGGUCUUUCUUUGCACAGUCGAAAUGCAAGUACUAGUUCUCGCAGUGGCAGUAUGGAUUUUAGUGAUGACAACUGUCAUUGAUCUUGUAUUUCCCAACUUUUGGACUUUGAGGAUGUAUUUCGUGGGCUGGAAGACGCAUGCUUUCAUGGUGGUCUUUAUUGGUUGUUUUCCAAAGGCGUGUAGCAUGCUUUUGUCUGACUGCAUGGAGCAGCUGAAUUUUCCGCGAUAGAUUAGUUCCUUAGGAUAAUUACUCCAAUGUUAAAUUUUCCUUUCUUGUUCUUUUAUAGGAACCAAGUUGUUUGUUAGCUAAUCGUAACGCCAGGGUUUUCAUUGCAGAAUUUUUCUAUGAA